GCCGCGCUCUGCCCAUUCUCCUCCGCCGGCCGCCGGCCGCCGUGCGCUAUCCUUGCUCCUCCAUUGCCAAACACUGGGCUGUGUCCACGUUUUGCAUCGUGGAUGCCUGCACGCCUGAUGCUGGGCAGGCCGAUUGCAUCUGUGAAACCAAACGCGCCUUUUGGGACGGAGUGAGCACCGAGCAGUAUCUCGGUUUGACUUGUGAGUCGCGGGAAUAUCUGCUCGUGCUCUUCUCUUGUCCACAGCCUCUUCACACUUUCAUUUCAGCACGACUGCACCGUCCCUAACCUCCGGCCCUCCGAGAUGCUCUCCGCCGCCAUGACCACCCGCCCCGUAGGAGCCGCCAACUGCUCCCGCCGCCCGCAGCUCCCAGCGCGAGCCGCCCAUUCCGGCCCGUCCUCCUCCUCCCCUGGGAUUCAUGGACCCGGAUCGGUGACCGAGGAAAAGUUGUCGUUCCUGCUCCGCCCGCGUUCAGUUCUGCUGUCGUCUGUGGCCGUGGGGAGUCUGGUUGCUGCUAGUGCCGCGAAUGCUGCCGACCUUGGGGAUUCUCUGAUAGGACCGCCGGGCCUUCUCUUGGCUGACUUAAGCAUUGGAGAUUGGUUUGGAGGAUUGUUAUUUUCAGCUGGGCAGCAAGCUAACGAGGCUGUUCUGGAUCAAUUGUCUGCUCUAAGUUUCACUAGUUUGGCAGUAAUUUUUGGUGCUGGACUUGUAACUAGUUUGUCUCCUUGUACACUCAGUGUUCUGCCACUAACUCUAGGAUAUAUAGGCGCUUUUGGGGCUGGAAAAGAUCGAACUGAGGUUGUUGGAAAUUCAGUUGCUUUUUCAUUAGGACUGGCAACAACCUUAGCCAUCCUUGGUGUCGCUGCUUCUUUUGCUGGCAAGGCCUAUGGGCAAGUAGGACAAGGCCUCCCAGUGGCUGCUUCUGGAUUAGGAAUCAUCAUGGGAUUAAACCUUCUGGAGGUAGUUGAGUUACAACUUCCCUCAUUUUUCAGCGAUUUUGACCCUCGAGCUGCUGCAGCUAACCUGCCUCCCAGUGUACAAGCAUAUCUUGCUGGCCUUACAUUUGCAUUAGCAGCAUCACCUUGCAGCACACCUGUUCUUGCGACCCUUCUGGGAUAUGUUGCCACUUCAAGAGAUCCGAUUGUUGGGGGAAGUUUGUUGUUGACGUAUACUACUGGCUAUGUUGCACCUCUUCUAAUUGCAGCUUCUUUUGCUGGAGCAUUGCAGAGUUUGCUCUCAUUCAGAAGAUAUUCAACAUGGAUAAACCCUAUAAGUGGUGCAUUUCUGUUGGGUGGAGGUGUUUAUACCCUCCUGGACAAGCUGUUCCCUGUGACAUCAAUGGUGAUGUAGAAUGUUGAGUCGUAGGCCAUUGCUGAACAAGAGCUGCAAGGCAAGGUUCACUGUUGUUGCACAUGCCAAUAUAUGUCAUAGUUUCAAUGUGAAGUAGCGAACAAAGUAUCAUCAUUUCUUUCUAGCUUUUAUAGGAAUGUAAAUUUAUUCACGAUAACCUAAAUAUCUUGAUCUUGCAGUCCAUAGAAACCUAGAUAGCUUGACGUGAUAAAGAAAUUAUACUAUAUGAUUUGUAUAAUGAUUCUCCAGCAUGAUUUUUGUA